AUGGCCACAGAGACCAUCCCAAAGGACGUCGAGGGCGGGAACGUUGCCGGAGACGUGAAAAACGGACAUGAGGCCUUGGAUCUCGCUCAGACGUCCGAAGUUUCCAACCAGGUCACCGUAGACCGUCUCGAGCAGAAGCGCGUCGAGCAUGAGCGCGCCCGCCAGGCUCAACGUGCCAAAUUCGAGCAGCAGAUGCGCGAGCUCGAGGCCAAUCAGCUGGCCGAGGAACGUCAGCUCUUGUCGACCAACACUCCCGGCCACUCUGCUGGUGAAAUCGCGUCGGCCCCGACUACGCCCCCUGGCGCCUUGGGGGCUGCCCCCCACGACAGCACCAAGGAGGCCCCUGCCCCUAUCGGUCCGCCUACUGGAAACACCCAGCGGGAGGGUCUGAACGGAGCAAAGAGUAUGCCGGGAAGCAGGAGGACAAGCACCUAUGGCAACACCUUUGGCAUGGAAAAGCUGAGCUUGAGUGGUAUGGCGGAUGGACCCAGGAGGGAGUGGCGGCAAGAGGACGACGAUGUGGAUGCCGAGGGUGCCCAGAGCUCUGUCAAGUACCUCGGUAUGAACGACGACGACCCCUUCCCCGGAAUCCCCAAGGAGCCCAAGCGUCUCUCUACUGCUUCUGCUGCUCUCGACCUCGCCCCCCUCUCCAACACCCCUCCCCGAGCGUUCGGCACUCGUCCCUUUGACACUUCUCUCAAGACCUCCGAAUGGCCCCAGUUUUCUGCUGCCCCCGGAUCUGCCGCUGCUGCCGCUGCUGCUGCCCGAGCUGGCGUCACCUCCCCUUUGCAAGCUACUGGCCUCAUGUCUGACGAGCUUCGUGAGCCUACUUUGCUCACUUCUCGAAAGACCUCUCCCACGGCCGCCCUUGCCGACAGCAUCGCCAGCUUGCCUCCUAUGCCCUCCAAGAGCGUGCCCGGCACGCCCUUUGGCUUUGGUUCCAACGCUGCGGGUGCCGGUGGGGCUAGGGCCGACCACGAUGGAUUGAGCCAGGCGCAGAGGGGCUACUCCAACCCCGACCUCGCGCGGGCGUUUGGCAAGGUUGGCUCUGGCUUUGCCAUGGGCGCUGAGAGGCCUCCUUAUAAUGACAUUUACAACUCGUUCUCCCCCGUUCCCGCCAGCCUUCCUCCCUCUGCCGCCGUCGCUGCCGCCGCCUUUACCCCUCAAGUCGCCUACGACCCUUACGGCUUUGACGAGGAUGGUUACGGUUCAGGCUCUCUUUACCCUGGUGGAUCCAUGGGCCUGAAGAACAAGCGUGCGGACCAGGACCGCGAAUUCAACCGUUUCGCCGGCGUGAGGAUUGAAGACCUCAAGGGCGAACUUUUGUCUUUGUGCAAGGACCAGCACGGUUGCCGAUACCUCCAAAAGAAGCUCGAAGAGGGUGACCCCCAGCACCGCGACAUGAUCUUCAACGAGACCUAUGGCCAUUUCCCGGAACUCAUGACUGAUCCUUUCGGCAACUACCUUUGUCAAAAGCUCCUCGAGUACUCUACCGAGGACCAGAGGUCGGCCAUCAUCGACUCGGUCGCCAACGACCUUGUCGGAAUUUCUUUGAACAUGCACGGAACUCGAGCGGUCCAAAAGAUGGUCGAUUUUUUGGCCCAGCCUAGACAGCCCAAGCAAAUCAGGACAUUGAUUCUCGCAUUGAGCAUGAACGUUGUCGCCUUGAUCAAGGAUUUGAACGGUAACCAUGUUAUCCAAAAAUGCUUGAACAAGCUCAUCCCGGAAGACAACCAAUUCAUCUACAAUGCCAUCGCUGCCAACCUCAUCGAGGUUGCCACCCACCGACAUGGUUGCUGUGUCCUCCAGCGAAGCAUUGACCAUGCUUCUCCUGCUCAGAGGAUGCAGUUGGUGACCGAGAUCAUCUUCAACUCUUUGUAUCUGGUGCAGGACCCCUUCGGAAACUAUGUGAUCCAGUACAUCUUGGACUUGAACGACGCGCGAUUCUCCGAGCCCCUGAUCAGGACCUUUAUCGGCAACGUCUGCUCCUUGUCUGUCCAGAAGUUCUCUUCCAACGUUGUCGAAAAGUGCAUCCGAGUUGCCGACCCUGAGAUCCGAAAGGUCCUCGUUGGUGAGGUCCUUAACCGCUCUCGUUUGGAAAAGCUCCUUCGGGACAGCUACGGAAACUAUGUUAUUCAGACCAUACUCGACUACUGUGAGAUUGGCCAGCGCAUGGUCCUCGUCGAGUGCAUUCGACCUAUCCUCCCUUCGAUCCGCAACACUCCCUACGGCAAGCGAAUCCAGUCCAAGCUCGCCCGUGAAGACGCUUCCUUCCAACCCUACAACGGCUACAACUCUCGAAGCGAGCGAGGUGACCGAGGCGACCGUGGAGGCGGUCGAGGCGGCAACUACAACUCUUCGCGAGGCCACAUCGGUCGUCCCCAAUUGCAGCACAUCAAUGCUCUUACCGACAUCUACGGCGGUGGUGGACCCUUCAUGCAGUACGGCCAUGCUCCUGCCAUGCACCCCGGUCACCCUGGUGCCCAUCCCCACCAGCAUCCCCAUGCGCCUCCACCCCACGGCGCUUGGCCCGGUGGACCCCGUGACCCUCACGGCGCGCCCCUUGGUCCCACUCAUACCGGCGUGAGCUACCACGCUCCCGGACCUGAUGGCCAGCCGUGGUUGCACCUCCGAGGCGGACCCGCCGGUGGGCCCGCGCCCAACUGGCACCUCGCUCAGCAGGAAGGGAUGCCCGCGCAAAUGACGGGUGCUUCCGGACAAGAGGAGGAAGGCCGGUGGCAAGACCCUUCCGCUGGAGGCUACUACAACGGGCCUUCCAUGCCUUUGAUGUAA